CGAUCCAGCCACUCAUGAACUCCGGGUUUCCUUGAGGUGAUCUUGUUUGACUUCACUCAAACCCUGUUAUCCAGGGUAUUGCUACGGCGAAACCAGACAUUCUACAUUUGCAUAAUUAUUGUGAAGUCGAAACAACAAUAAUCCGAGAAUUCUCAAUCAUGCCAUGCCACCUUGAAUAUCCUCCUCUCGCACUCAACUCUGAUAACAAACUAUCUAACCCACACAUAAGCUGUAUACACAAUCUUUGAACAAAAUGCUCAUCGCCGUAGUCCCAGCUUCACCCAAAACAGGCCAGGCGGCAAUCCGCGCCCUACUCAACUCAACCGAAACCACCAGGCCGAUCACCGUGAAAGGCGUAUACAGGGAUCUCUCCCGAGUCCCAGAAGAGUUCCUUUCCAACCCUCAUUUCCAAGCGGUCAAGGGCGAUGUGAGCGACGCAGCAAGCCUGGAUCUCACCGGCGUCGACGCCGUUCUCGCAAUCACCCCUCCGCGAUACGACGGUUCGGAUUUUCUGGCUUGCGCAAGGACAGCAUCGGAAAAUACGCGCCUCGCCAUCCAGAAAUCUGGAUCUGUUAAGCGUCUGGUUUUGCUUUCUAGUAUGGGGGCUGAGCAUGAGUCGGGGACUGGGGAAAUCGUGACGAACCACAUCGCCGAAACAAUUUUAAAGGAUGCAGCACCGGAGGUUGUCAUCGCGAGAUGUACUUACUUCAUGGAGAACUGGGCUAUGGCGGUUGAGACGGCGAAGUCUGAGCAUCCGCAUCUCUAUUCGUCUAUCACGCCUAUCGAUUUCGAGGUCCCUAUGGUCGCUGUCAAAGAUAUGGGCCAAGCCUUUGCAACUUAUUUACUCAAGUCCGAUAUUCCAGAAAGUCCCUACAUUGUUGACGUCCAUGGACCGAGGUCCUAUACGCCGAAAGACGUGCAAAAGGCCUUCGAAGAGGCUGUUGGCAAGGAGGUUGAACUGCGACUCGUGGAGAGGAAAGAUCUAUCGCAGUUCUUUGCGGGAUUUCUCCCGAAGAACGUGGCUGAGGCUUUCACCGAGAUGACCAAUGCCUUUUUGCCGGGUGGUAUUAUGGCGAGUGCGAAUACGGAGAAUUCAAACAGUGAUCGAGUCUGGAGGGGGAAGACUGAGUUGACGGAAGCUAUUCGGGAGCUUUGUGAAGGAUCUGGAUAGGUGAAGGGUAUGCAAUAGUGAUUUGUUCAUUCAUUCUAGGCUGUUGCUGGGACUGAUUAUAUUCGUUUGUUUCCUUUUGCGUGAAUUAUCUGUGGGUUGAAAUGUAAUAUCGGAAAAAUUGAUUCACAGGAUUA